AUGCUAGAGGAUAAUCAAUAUGCUAGCGAAGUUGAGUCCAAUAGAAUCGCCAAUCCGGAGGAAAAUACCAAAUCUCAAGGCGUUUUAGUCAAUUAUGAUGGAGAAUUCAAUAAGCAGGAUGUCAUUGAUCGUCCUCCAGAAGGUACUUUAUGGGGAUGGAUAAGUGUUUUAUGUGUUUGUGGUAUUAAUACGUUUAGCUGGGGUGUUAAUAGUGUCUUCGGAGUUUUCCUUAACUAUUUUGUCAGCUCAAACCAAUUUCCAGGUGCUAGCAUGGAGGAUUAUGCACUCGUUGGUGGUCUUAGCAUGGGUUUAAGUUUUAUGCUCAUUAACGUAGCCAACACUCUGGUGAGGCGUUUCUAUUACAAGUAUGUAAUGGCUGUUGGCAUUGUCUUGCUCAUUAUCUGCGAUUUGUGUGCUGCAGAGGCUACUACCAUUGUCCAGUUCAUCAUGUUACAAGGACUCCUUCUUUCUAUAGCUUAUGCUUUGGUUGCCUCUCCUGGUUUUGUUAUUAUUCCAACCUGGUUCCUCAAGAAAAGGUCCAUAGCCACAGGAAUUGGCACUGCUGGUGCUGGUUUAUCCGGCAUAAUCUUUAGCAGACCUAUCCAGGCUAUCAUUGAUACGACAGGUAGUUAUAAAUGGGCCCUUAGAAUGAUCGGUAUUGUCUGUGGUGUCAUGCUAACCGUGUGCACGCUACUUAUCAGGUCUCAUCGCGAUUUGAUAGUCGUUACUGGUCGUUCCUUUUGGGGCGAUGUUCUCGUAGGCUUUACCAGAUGGGACAUCUAUCGUCAAAAACCCCUCGUGUAUUUGAUCUUGUGGAAUUUCUUAUACGGGUUUCCCUACACAAUUCUUCUCUUCUCGAUGUCCUCUUAUUCCACUGCGAUAGGUCUUACAUCUGCCCAAGGAGCUGUAGUUACUACAGUCCAGAGUGUUGCCCAAUGCAUUGGAAGGCCAUUGUUGGGUUUGCUUUCGGACUACUUCGGUAAAGGUAACGUUACUCUGCUAGCCACAGCUUUGCUUGGCGUAUUUUCACUUUGUUGGUGGAUCUUUGUGAAAACUUACGCCAAUUUGAUCGUAUUCGCUUUUUUCACAGGAUUGUUAGUGGGUAUUAACUGGGUUAAUUUCUCUCCGUUAUGUGCAGAUAUUGUUGGUGGUGGAGAUGAUUUACUAGCAGCAGUUUCGUUUCUUUGCUUGAUUGGAGGCCCUCCUAUGAUAGUCUCCGAGAUUAUUGGAUUGAAAUUGGAAAGACCAGACGAUAGUCGACCAUAUUUAAACUCUCAAAUACUAGUGGGGGUUAUGUGCAUUGGCAGUGCUGCUAUGUUAAUUCCUUUUAGAGAAUUUAAAAUUUAUAGAAUGCUCCAUGCUAGAAGGGAGUUGAUCCAAAAGAAAUUUAAGGAGAAUCAAACCAGUGAAGAUUGUACAAGGUUGAAUAGAUACAACAUCCUAUUAGAGAAGAGUUAUAGGGGUUAUCUUAUCCGUAGUUUCUACCCUAUCAAAGCUUAA